UGCAGCCACCUCGGUAGCUCGCUGGACAACAAAGUCGGAACAUUCAAGCUCUUUAGACAAUUUACUAGUUUAUGUAACACUAUGAUUUAAACAUACUUAUGUGUAAACAACUAGUUACCUCAUUUAAUGUAAUAUUUACGUUGUAAGUCAAUUAGCUGUCUGGUCAAGUUAGCACUAGUCUAAUCGCUAAUGCUAACUAGCUGUUAUCCCCGACCAUGAGUUCACUAAGCUACUCUCCUCCUGAUAAAGAAGAGAAGAUCUGCUGGACGGAGAAAGAAGCUCUCGUCAAAGAGGAGGCUGUUACAAUACAAGAACAAGUAGAGGGUGAGGCUGUUACUGUGAAAGAGGUGGAGGAAGACGUUUCAGUGAAAGACGAGGAAGACGCGUUCAGAGUGAAAGAGGAGGAGGAGGAUGUUACAGUAAAAGAAGAGGAGGAUGCAGGUUUUGGAGAGAAGGAGGUUACUGUGACAGUGAAAGAAGAUGAAGACGUUUUUUUAAGGAAGGACGAAGAGGGGGAGAUUACUGUCACAUUAGAGGAGGACGAAGAAGAGAAGACUGGAGAACUGAUUAACACCAGUAAAUACAGAGAGAGACGUGACUAUCGUGGAUCCUCUGGGGAGCCUCAACAACCUUGUGAUGCUGAAGAGGCAGAGAAUAGUCUCUCCAGAUCAGAACACCUCAAGAAACACUUGCAGAGAUCCACAGGGAGGAGAACUCACUGCUGCUCUGACUGUGGGAAGAGAUUCACCUCAUCAGGCAUUAAAAUUCAUCAGAGAACACACACAGGAGAGAAACCUUAUAGCUGUGGUCAAUGUGAGAAGAGUUUUUCUGCCUCUAGCACUCUGACUGAACACCAGAGAACACACACAGGAGAGAAACCUUUUAGCUGUGGUCAAUGUGGGAAGAGUUUUACUACAUCCAGCACUCUGACUGAACACCAGAGAAUACACACAGGAGAGAAACCUUAUAGCUGUGGUCAAUGUGGGAAGUGUUUUACUUCAUCUGGUUCUCUGACUCAACACCAGAGAACACACACAGGAAAUAAACCUUAUAGCUGUGGUGAAUGUGGGAAGAGUUUUGGUGGAUCUGGAGUGCUCACAGUGCACCAGAGAACACACACAGGAGAGAAACCUUAUAGUUGUGGUCAAUGUGGGAAGAGUUUUACUACAUCUGGCCAUCUGAUUCGACACCAGAGAAUACACACAGGAGAGAAACCUUAUAUCUGUGGUGAAUGUGGGAAGAGUUUCACUACAUCUAGCACUCUGACUGUACACCAUAGAACACACACAGGAGAGAAACCUUUUAGCUGUGGUCAAUGUAGGAAGAGUUUUUCUUCAUCUAGCUCUCUGACUGAACACCAGAGAAUACACACAGGAGAGAAACCUUAUAGCUGUGGUCAAUGUGGGAAGUGUUUUACUACAUGUGGCUCUCUGACUCAACACCAGAGAAUACACACAGGAGAGAAACCUUAUAGCUGUAAUCAAUGCGGGAAGGGUUUUAUUCGAUCUGUCCACCUGACUCAACACCAGAGAACACACACAGGAGAGAAACCGUAUAGCUGUGAUCAAUGUGGGAAGGGUUUUGGUCAAUCUGGAGAGCUGACAGUGCACCAGAGAAAACACACAGGAGACAAACCUUAUAGCUGUAGUCAAUGUGGGAAGAGAUUUGCUUCAUCUGGCUCUCUGACUCUUCACCAGAGAACACACACAGGAGAGAAAGCUCAUAGCUGUGACCAGAGAUAAUCUGAUAAAUGAUCUCUGAUCAAAUAUUAGAAAAUACAUACAUGAAGUAGUUGUUUCAUGAUUUCAACAAAUUAAUGUCACAAUGUAGAAUGUUUUAACAUUGUUUUAGGAUUAUUUUAAUAGUGUAAAAAUGUAGAAGCCUCAACGUUUGCCCCCUUAUCAAUUGAUUUCAACAUAAUUUGGAUAUUAGCCUCAGGGGAAAAAUCCAGGCUCUGAAAUGGAAGAGAUUGAUUGGUGUCACCUCGUUAGUCAGUAUGUGUUACACCUGUGCUGGCUUGUCCAUCUCAUUAGUGGGAAGGUGUUUCACCUGAGCUGGUCCAGGUUCUAUUUAAGUGUCUGGCCCAGUGCUCCAGUUGUCUUGAUAGAUGUGGAGAGUCAACACGUUUGCUUCCUGUUUUUAAGUUUGGUGCGGGUUUUUCUUUUGUUCGCCUCUUCUUGGGCAGAUUUAGUGGGUCUCAUGGUGGGUGUCUUUUAGGUCCCAGUUGUUGUUACUAGUCAACUUUCAGUGGACACUGAGAGCAAAACUUCAACAAUAUGUUAUAAUACUUUUAUUGCAUCAAAUGGUUGUUUUAUGCAACAGAAUAGAGGGUUCUUAGAACUAUACUGUCUGUGUUCUACUGAGGAUGGGCCUCUGGGAGAUAACACUGACAGGAGAUUUCCAAUGUCUUUUGUGUGAUAAAACCUAAAGAGACCGCAUUCCAGAGCACGAGUUAAUGUUUCUGUUCUCUAUGGUGCCAGGGAGAGAUGACCCCAGGGCCAGACCCUGGUUUCUACACAGGGUACUGUUUUUACAGCAGACACUGUCUGCUGAGAAUUAUAAGUAUCUUUCAUACAAAUCUUAACCUUGUGACCCGUUCUAUACAUCUGUUGUUGGUCAUAUAGGUUGAAAGGGGUGUGUCUUGGCUGUAAAAGACCUUUGUACUUUUGUCUCGUGGCUCUAUGAACCAUCUGGAGCUGAUUCAUCGACCAGGCAUCAUUAUCGUAGAGCACUCAAUUGAUUCUCUUUAUGUAUGCGUUGUAUUGACCUGCUCCCUUAUUAUUAAGUGAAUAAAGAUUUAG